ACCGUCCGACCGCUCUUCAAAUUAGGGUUCUACUGUUCCCGGAUUGCAUAGCUGAUCCAUUCAUGGCGACAAACCAAAUCUUCGUGAAGUUUCUAGACGGCAGAACCCGCUGCCUCCAGAUCCCGUCUCCCACCGUCUCCGGUGAAGCCCUAAGGCGCGAUAUUGUAACCAGAACCGGAAUACCCCUUCGGUACCUUCGCGUCGUCUCUGGAAUCCGGGAGAUAUCUGACUCUACCAUCAUAUCAGCCUCCAGUGAUGGUCUCUUCCCCUCCGUCACCCUCCUCCUCCGUCUUCCUGGCGGCAAGGGAGGGUUCGGUUCCCUGCUCCGAGGCGCUGCGACCAAGGCUGGUCAAAAGAAGACGAACAACUUUGACGCUUGCAGAGACAUGAGCGGUCGCCGGCUGCGCCAUGUGAACGCCGAGAAGAAGCUCGAGGAGUGGAAGGCCGAGGCUGAGGAUCGAAGGUUGGAGAAACUCGCGGAGGAUUUCCUUAAGAAGAAGGCGAAGGAGGUGAAAAAGAACUCCACGGUGGCUGUGGAAAAGUACUUGGAGAAGUACAGAGCGGAUGCUGAGAAGUGCAUGGAAGAGGUUGAGGAAUCGGUGCGACAAUCUUUUGCAUUGUACAAUGAGUCGAAGCGCAAAAUUUUACCUUUAUCAGAACCUUCUUCUAAGCGUCUGAAGAUAUGGCUGGGAAAGAAAAAGAUGGAUGAAAGUGAUAGUGAGAGCGACGAUGGCGAACUUGAAGAUAAAGACGAUGAUAGUGAUGAUGGCGAUCGGAAAUCUGAGGUGUUAGAUGGUGGAAAUUGUUCGAUUCAAAGCGAGCUGCAAGUUGGUGGCUCGCCAUCUGGUUCUGUUUCUAUUAAUAAUUCAGACGUAGAAUCAUCUGGUGGUGGUUCUGAGAAAAGCAAUGUUGAUGAAAUUAGUACAGGCAGUGCCUUGAUUUCUCUGGGAAUGGAACAGGGUUCUGGAAGUAGAGACAGCAAUUCUACAUCAGAUGAAAUUUUCAACUUUGAAACUGGAACACCAGAGGAAGUUGAUGCUCAAGCUGAUUUGGUUUCUGGUUCCAUGGUGGUAACAGAGUCAAGUGUGGCUAAAUCAGAAAAGGAGAAUCAACCUGAGUCACUGGAGACAAGGACUGAACUUGUAGUAGAAAUGAGCACUGACAAUUCCUCUCCAGAUGGAUUUUUUAAUUUUGAUGAUUAUGACUCUGCAGAUAGUUUGGAGCUACUUGGAAUGGAACGGCUCAAAGCAUUGUUGCAGAGGUAUGGUCUCAAAUGCGGUGGUACCUUGAAGGAGCGCGCUGCAAGGCUCUUCCUGCUCAAAACAACUCCUGUGGAGAAGUUGCCUAAGAAGGUGCUCGCUAGGCAUUGAGAGAGCUGCGUCGUUAACCAUUACCAUCAGUGGUCGCUUCAUGCUGUGUACUUACCAUCAACACGCACCUUGCAGCGUAGUGAUAGAUGACUGGUUUGCGAGCUUAUGAUGAUUGCUAUUUCGAAUCUGAAAUAUCGUGGUUGUACUCUAUGUUGGUGUAUAUUUUAUCUCUUAUAUUUUUUGUAAACUGAAUAAAACUGAUCUGGCAAAGUUAUCCCAAAA